GAAAACCUUAUGGCUCCAUCAGGAAGAAAGCAUGGAGGAAAAGCUAGUAAACCAGCACAGGAAGAUCAAGCCAUACCUGCCUAUGACUUUCAGGAGGAAAGAAAAGAGCUGAGUGGAUCGGAGGAAGAUAUUAGAGAAGGUGAAACACCAGUAAUGGACAAGCAUGGAAAGAAACGACCUUUGGUGACUACUCAUGUGGUUCCAGAUGAUGUAGGGGGUGAAGUACAGAAUAUGCUGGAAAGAUUUGGAGCAGACAUUAACAAGGCUCUCUUAGCUAAGAGGAAAAGAUUAGAAAUGUAUACAAAAGCCUCACUAAAAACCAGUAACCAGAAGAUUGAACAUGUUUGGAAAACACAGCAGGAGCAAAGGCAGAAGCUCAAUCAUGAAUUCUCCCAGCAGUUCCUGGCUUUAUUUCAGCAAUGGGAUGUAGAUGUGCAGAAAGCAGAGGAGCAGGAAGAAAAACUAGUGAAUAUGCUUCGUCAGCAACAAAAAGUUUUUCAACAGGCAAGAAUAGUUCAAAGUCAGAGACUGAAAACCAUUAAGCAGCUCUAUGAGCAGUUCUUAAAGAGCAUGGAAGAGCUGGAGAAGAGCAAUGAAAAUCUUCUAGCCGGUGUACAAAAUGAACUCCGCAAAGAAAUGACUAUGUUGCAGAAGAAGAUUAUGAUGGACACUCAACAGCAGGAGAUGGCAACUGUUCGCAAGUCUCUUCAGUCCAUGUUAUUCUGAUGGCUCAAUGGAGAAACAACUUAUACCUAAGUAACAUGAUACAAGUAUAGGCAUUAGCCAUAGAGAAAUAUGUUAAGAUUUAUAUGCUUUAAAGUUUCUAUUAACUGUUUUCCUGGAUUGUUCUAAUCUUGUCUCAGUAAUGUUAUAAAUAAAUAUAU